GAUGGAUUCACUGUGCAUGGAAAAUGGAUUGGGGAAGCAAGCCAAGAGCAAAGGAAGGAAGCAUAGGCAUGUGGGAGGCCUAUGUGUUGACCGCCGAAUGGGAGAUUGUAUUGGCAUUUGCACUUGUGUUUGAUUGUGCAGACUUGCUGGAAUUGCUGCAGCAAGCGGCGGAGGAGGAGAACACCACCGGUGAUGGUGGUUUCGAGGGAGGACAUGUCGGGGAAGACGCCGAGGACGAACGAGGGAGACAAGUGGGGAGGGGUGGACAGUCGGGUCCACAAUCUUGCAGUGAGGUGGAGGAUGUUGGGUGGAGGGUUGUUGAUGUGCGAGAUGCAUGUUGGGGGGAGGCAGGCCCUUCUCGUGCUAAUGCACCGCAAGCCGGAAUGUGUAAACACGGCAAGUCCUUCAAGAAGUUCGUCAACACAUGCUAUGGACCACAACCUGCUGCCAGACAUCCCCAACUCCCCACUGGCUACAACCCUCUGAGGUGUUAUCUUCUCGAUGGCUUGAGGCGGAGGUUGAGCGAAGAGGAGCAGGCCAUCAACGAUGAUCGGGAGGUCACGGGCUGCACGUUCAUCACUGACGGCACCACUGACAUUUGUGGGCGGUCAUUGGUGAAUUAUAUCCUUGUAGGGCGUUUGAAGCCACUAUUCAUCAAGUGUGAGGACGUUAGCGACCAGGACAAGGACGCUGUUGCAGUUAUUCGUGGAUGGAUUAACUUCUUCAGGGAGAUUGGGGUUGAGAAGAUCACGACCAUCUACACUGACUCCUUCUCGGGGAACAAAAGUGCAGCCACGAUGUUGAGGGCGGAUCCAGAGUUCCAACAGAUAUACUGGAUCCCGUGCACUGCGCAUUGCAUGGACCUGUUUAUGCAGGAUGUGGGCGGCAAGCCGUGGGCUAAGGACGCCAUCAAGAAGGCAAAUAUGGUCGUGAAGUUCUUCAGGAACCACAGGUGGCCACGAUCAGCAUUGAGGACGGAGCUGAUGGCACAAAAGGGUGUCAAAGUCAGAGUUCUUCUUCGUCCUUCCCUUACGAUGUUCGGGACCCACUUCGUCAUGACAUGCGAGAGAGCCCUUCAUCGCUUGGUGUUGGGGGACUCAUGGACGAACAUGGAUUGGCAGCCGUAUAUCAAGAAAAACGCUUACGAGGUGGAGUCCCUCAUCACUGAUAGGGCAUUUUGGGCAGAUUUGAAGAAGCUGCAUGAAGUGAUGAAGGGGCCCUAUGAUGUGCCGAGGAUGGUCGACAAGGACAUCCAUUGCUUGUCCAGGGUGUACGACGCUGCCGUGGACCCGAAGAAUUGUGUUCUUCAUGCACCACUCACAGACGGUGAGCGGGACAACAUCUUGCACGAUGUGGGAAAGAGGACGGACAUGCUUCUCAACCCUGUUCAUGUUGUGACCCGACUGUUAGACCCUCGAUUGCGGGACAUCACCGUCUUCAACAAUCUGGACUUAAUGGCGCAAUUCGAUAGCAUGGUGAGCAGCAGCAGCAGGGGGAGCAUGAGGACGCCACAGCAGGACGAGGAGGAGCAGCAGCAGCAGGAAGAGAAGCAGCAGCAACGCGGGGGGUGAUAUAUGCGCUCAGGUGGAGACCGUUCCUGAUGUCCUGUCAUGGGUGAUGGGGUGUACGUGGCAAUACCCGAACUACUUGUUGUCCAAGAACCGUGCCGCUGGUACUUGAGCUCCCUCCCGGGUUGUAUGUAAUCACCAUGGAGACGGAUAUCAUCAUAUCAUUUCGCCUGGGGUUUGUGACUUCAUAGUUUCUAACUCUUGUGUGAAGGAUUGUUUGUCGAAUUCUGUAUUUAAAGGAUUGUAAAGAGUUGAUGAGAUGCAUUAAUGGGUGUUUGUGUCAUAAUUUUACCUGCACAUUCAUUUCGCUCAAUUAAGUAGUCCAGACAGAUGAAGCAUUUGCCUCCUCUCUGCCAUAUUGUUCCUACUUUAGCUGCUGCUGCUUUGCUUGCUGCCUUGUGUUUGAUGGGCAAAAGUUUCUUCUAGUCAUAGUGGCCAAACACGUGGUACUCUGCUAUUGCCAUGAGCUAUUUUGAGCUCGCUCAGGCGUCCAUGAGUUAUUUGGGGUUAGCUCAGUUGUCGAGAGGGCUGUCAGUCAAGGGCAAACGUUGGCUUUAUUUUGCAGUGGGUGCUGAUGAUGAUUUCCUGUCUGGCUAAAAAUGCAGGAUAGUCUCAGCUUGCUCUGCGUCCAUACAUGUUCUGGCAGAGCAAGCUGUGAAACCUAUUGCCGAUGAUGAUUUCCUGUCUAGUGGACAAAUCAGGAUAUAGGCUCAGCUUGCUCGUUGCUACAUGUUCUACAGGAUCACACCGCCAUGUGUGUCCUGGCAGAAGACAAUUUAGCGACCUUUUCAACCAGUGGGACCCGAGUGCGGCACGGCAAGGGUAGUGUUACCAGUUGCAAAAUCUAUGAAGUGGAGUUUUGCACGUAGAUCAGUCAAGGGGAUGGUGUCAUGCUCGCAUCGGCUCAGAAUUGGACACCGGAUUUCACAUGAUGGGUGUAUUAGUUAGAAUUCACAUGUUGAGAGCUAGUCUUGUCUCGGCUAGCCAAUCUGAUGUUCGUGAUGACAUAGUGCUGGGCAGCAGAUUGGGCAUAGGUGCAUCGUCAGAGCCACUGCAGUUGUUAAUCAAGAGAUGACCUUGACCAGCCAAUUGAAUUCUAUCGAGUAGAUGAGGGAGGGUGGAAGGGAGGGGGGGAGGGAGGGAGGGAGGGAGGCGGAAACUGUUGUGUGAGACCAUAACAGAGGGCAGAUUGGAUAUGGUUGUGGUAGAGAAACUGAGUCAUCAAUUCAGAGAGAGCCUUGGCUGGCCGAUCCAAGCCGAUGGGGUGAGGGAGAGGAUAUGGUGGGAGGCACAGAUAUCUCCCAUGCAUCACAGGAACCGGGAUCGUGUCGAUUGGUUUUCUGAAAUACAGACCAGCCUGGAACAAAGCCUGAAACAAGGCUUGGAAACUACUGGCCUGGAACAAAGCCUGGAAAAUACUGGUAGAGGGUAGGUUUUAACUUGAACAGAGCCUGAGGGUUCAAGUUGCUCCCAUCUACCGUAGGAGUCUGAUAAAUUUUCUCUUCAAGAUGACAAGGUUUUUGCCAUUUUUUUGCGCUGGUGGUUAAUUAUACUGAUGCUCUGUUAGUGCCCUGGUGGUUCUGCCGGUGGUGAGCUGGUGGCAUGGUUGCUGGCUUUGAGUUUGCAUAGUCCGUGAAGCGAUUGGCAUUUUUCAGCCACCCAGUCGUCAGCAAGGAUUUCUGUGUUGUGCUUGUAACCCGCUGCUGAUUGUCAGUUGAUGCGCUCUUUAUUUACUGCCAAGUUAUUGUGCGUGCACGAAGUAGUCACAGUCUGAAUGUAUUGUUCUGCUGCUGUGCGGGCUGACGGGGAGAGGCGAUCUAUCUGAUGUGAGUGAGAAUUUAAACA